UGUAUUAUGUGACUGACGUGUGUCACAAUGUUAUACCAGAAUAAACUAACAAGUAUACUUAACCAAAGUAUUAAUUAUCUGUUUUCGAGUAUUAAUUGCAUAAUAGUAUAGUUCUGUUUAAUACAUAAUUUAAAAUAUAUUAUAAACUUCAUGUUAAAACAAUAUUUACAAUAACAUUACAUUUACAGAUUUUUAAAAGUAAAUAGAAGUGAUCUAUCUAGUGGAUAAUUAAGUUGAUUAGGUACUACCUUAUCUACAUGUGGAUACAUAACACUUGACCUUUAUCUUUUAUAAAUGAAUAUCACCUUGUGAAUUGUUAAGGUUAAGCUUGGUGAAAUUUAAAUAAAAAAACAUGUCUCUAAUUUAUCAAAAAUCUAUGGCAUAUUUAGAUAAAUUUGUACCACACAAAUUGCAACCUUUGUGGAGGCACCCUGCAGGUCCAAAAACAAUAUUUUUUUGGGCUCCUGUUUUUAAAUGGGGUUUAGUUAUUGCAGGAAUUGCUGAUUUAACCCGACCUGCAGAUACAAUUAGUCCUGCUCAAACUACUGCUUUAGCUGCAACCGGUGUUAUUUGGUCUAGAUAUUCUCUAGUUAUUAUCCCAAAAAAUUACUCUCUAUUUAGUGUAAACGUUUUUGUAGCCAUUACUCAACUUUAUCAAUUAUAUAGAGCAGUUAGCUACCAGCAGCAACUCAAAGAAAAAGCCAAUGUGAAAAACCUGUGACUACCUCGGAAGGAACAAUAGUGUUGAACUAUUUAUUUUAGAUUUUAUUGUAUAGGUGGUGAUUUAUGACUCAUUGUUUAUGUUAAGAUAUAUACAUAUAUAUUUUUUGAUUAUUCAUAUAGAAAUUAAUAAGAAACAAAUGUUAUAAAUAAAAAUACUGUUUCCUAUUUAUCGAUUUUAAAUACUUAUUUCUGCAACUUUCUUAAAACAGUAUAUUUGUAUAUACCCUUUGUAAAAUACAACUUAGUGACAUAUUUACUGUGAAA